GUUUUGCAUCGAAAUCAUAUCUUGUUACACAUCAGAGAAGUCACACAGGUGAGAAGCCGUAUUCCUGUUCUGAGUGUAUGAAAUGUUUUCCACAGAAAUCAGAUCUUAUUACACAUCAGAGAAGUCACACAGGUGAGAAGCCGUAUUCCUGCUCUGAGUGUGGGAAAUUUUUUGCAUCGAAAUCAAAUCUUGUUACACAUCAGAGAAGUCACACAGGUGAGAAGCCGUAUUCCUGUUCUGAGUGUGGGAAAUGUUUUACAUCGAAAUCGGAUCUUUUUAAACAUCAGAGAAGGCACACAGGUGAGAAGCCGUAUUCCUGUUCUGAGUGUAUGAAAUGUUUUACACAGAAAUCAGGUCUUGUUACACAUCAGAGAAGGCACACAGGUGAGAAGCCGUAUUCCUGUUCUGAGUGUAUGAAAUGUUUUCCACAGAAAUCAGGUCUUGUUACACAUCAGAGAAGUCACACUGGUGAGGAGCCAUUUCCAUAUUCUGAGUGUGGGAAAUUUUUUACAAAUAAAUCAAAUCUUGUUACACAUCAGAGAAGUCACACAGGUGAGAAGCCGUAUUCCUGUUCUGAGUGUGGGAAAUGUUUUGCACAUAAAUCGUCUCUUUUUAAACAUCAGAGAAGUCACACAGGUGAGAAGCCGUAUUCCUGUUCUGAGUGUGGGAAAUGUUUUGCAUCGAAAUCAAAUCUUGUUACACAUCAGAGAAGUCACACAGGUGAGAAGCAGUAUUCCUGUUCUGAGUGUAUGAAAUGUUUUCCACAGAAAUCAGAUCUUAUUACACAUCAGAGAAGUCACACUGGUGAGAAGCCAUUUCCAUGUUCUGAGUGUGGGAAAUGUUUUGCAUCAAAAUCAAAUCUUGUUGCACAUCAGAAAAGUCACACAGGUGAGAAGCCGUAUUCCUGUUCUGAGUGUGGGAAAUGUUUUGUAUCGAAACCAAAUCUUGUUACACAUCAGAGAAGUCACACAGGUGAGAAGCCAUAUUCCUGUUCUGAGUGUGGGAAAUGUUUUCCACAGAAAUCGGCUCUUGUUACACAUCAGAGAAGUCACACAGGUGAGCAGCCAUAUUCCUGUUCUGAGUGUGGGAAAUGUUUUGCACACAAAUCAUCUUUUGUUAGUCAUCAGAGAAGUCACACAGGUGAGAAGCCGUAUUCCUGUUCUGUGUGUGGGAAAUGUUUUCCACAGAAAUCGGCUCUUGUUACACAUCAGAGAAGUCACACAGGUGAGAAGCCGUAUUCCUGUUCUGAGUGUGGGAAAUUUUUUGCAACAAAAUCAAAUCUUGUUACACAUCAGAGAAGUCACACAGGUGAGAAGCCGUAUUCCUGUUCUAAGUGUGGGAAAUGUUUUACACAGAAAUGAGGUCUUGAUACACAUCAGCGAUUUCACAGGUGAGAAGCCAUUUUCAUGCUGUGAGAGAAAUAAAUCCGCUCUUGUUGAACAUAUUAGACAUUACCCAAGCACGGAAUCAUUUAAAUCUUCUGGAGUAUAAUUAUCACUGUCAUGCAAUGUUCCUCAAGGGUCAAUCCUAUCUCCUAUGCUUCAUGCAAUAUACAGUCUGGUCCAUAUAUGUUGGGACAUCGACACAAUUCUCAUAUUUUGGGCUCUAUACACCACCACAAUGGAUUUGAAAUUAAACAAACAAGAUGUGCUUUAACUGCAGACUUUCCGCUUUAAUUUGAGGGUAUAUACAUCAAAAUCAGGUGAACGGUGUAGGAAUUAAAAUGGUUUUUAUAUGUGCCUCCCACUUUUUAAGGGACCAAAAGUAAUGGUACAAACUAAACAAUCCUAAAUCAAAUAUUGUAAAUCAGUAGAUCAGUGCGCUCGUCCAGUUCAACAAAAAAUACUUUACUACUUAAUGUGGUCGCAGCCCGGAUCAGUGUUUCGUGAAUUGAGCUUUGACAUAUUUUCCAAGGGCGAUCUGAUUACCAUCUCCUAGAUGAAGACCUGGAUACAAUAUCCAUACUGAUAUGCAAAUAUUUAUCUGGUACGCAUAUAAAUUUUGUGUGAUAACUGAAUUUAAUCCCACAUACGGAAAUAUACUACGCUAUAUAGCGAUUCUUUGUGUCUCCUAGCAGCAUUUAGAUCCCAGCAGUAACCUGGACUAAAGAAUGGGGGACGGAUACGCCAUGUGUCAA